AUGUACGCCUCCCGCGUCUCGGCUCGGCAACUCUUUCGUCGCUCGGCUCCCUCAGACUCUCUCAUUGCGACAAUCAUAGUGGUCUCGGUACUCUCAACACUCCUGGUUGCCAGUAUGAUCCUCCUCCUGUCCCGGAUGUGGAAGAAAAUCAUCAGUCGGAGGAGCGAUGCGGCACCCCUCCAAGGAUCUCAAAAUCAAGGCGCGGGUCUUGGGUGCAAACCGAGUGACUGGGCCAGGAAGGACAGCAACGUGCUCUGGUCGAUGUACAUCACGGAGGACGACCUCAAAGCCCAGUUCGCCGUGUCACCGAAAUCAAGGCUCUUCUCUAUAGGGUCUGUCUCCACCAUCGAUCACGCCAAAUGCCCUCUCGACAGACGUCAGUCGCACGCCCACCCAUCAGCUUACCACAGUACCAUCGAGGAUAGAUUCUCGCAAGCAAGCGACACCGCUGCUGACUUGCGCAACCGAACGCCAUACGAGCACCAGACGACGCCGACGAAGAAUACCCCGCGUGCCCGAGCAAUGUCCCAGCCUUCCAAGCACAAGUAUACCAGCUUCUUUGAGGCGAUAGCCAAUCGGAAGCAGAGCCUGCCUCUCUCUUUGAUGGUCGAGGCAGUCAAUGAGGGUUACGGUGACUAUUCUGGGCCAUGA